CGGCCCCUUUAAGGCGCAGGGCAUUGUGGGUGCGGGGAGUGGAAUUUUGGAACGAAAUGUAGCGAAGAGAAGUACAGUAGUAAGAGUAACAUUGUACCCGCCGCCGGCCGAGGGGGCGCGCCGCGGACCGGACGCCGCACCCCCUUUCUGCCGCAGGGACCCCGGAUCAAACCUCCAGAGGGAGGAGGCGCCUGAGGACCCGCCCCGGCCCCGUCCACGUUCCCCCCAGGAAGCCGGACUCUAUGGGGCGGGACCCUGGGGGAGACUGAGCAGAAUCUGGAGCCAGCCCCGAACCCCUGAACCUUGAGCCAGGGGCGCCCCGGGAGCACCCACCCGUGGGUGCGCCGCUCUCCUGCUGAGCAGCCAUGAGUGAGACGGUUAUCUGCUCCAGCUGGGCCACUGUCAUGCUUUACGAUGAUAGCAACAAGCGAUGGCUGCCGGCAGGCGCGGGCCCCCAGGCUUUCAGCCGCGUCCAGAUCUACCACAACCCCACAGCCAAUUCCUUCCGUGUGGUCGGCUGGAAGAUGCAGCCGGAACAGCAGGUGGUCAUCAACUGUGCCAUCGUCCGGGGUAUCAAGUAUAACCAGGCCACCCCCAGCUUCCACCAGUGGCGCGACGCCCGCCAGGUCUGGGGCCUCAACUUCGGGAGCAAGGAGGACGCGGCACAGUUCGCGGCAGCCAUGGCCGGCGCCCUAGAGGCAUUGGAAGGAGGGGGGCCCCCCCCACCCCCACCACCUGCGGCACCUUCCACCUGGUCUGUCCAGAACGGUCCCACCCCAGAGGAAGUGGAGCAGCAGAAAAGGCAGCAGCCGGGCCCGCCAGAGCACAUGGAGCGCCGAGUCUCCAAUGCAGGAGGCCCACCUGCUCCCCCGGCUGGGGGACCACCCCCACCGCCAGGACCUCCUCCUCCUCCUGGUCCCCCUCCACCCCCUGGUGCCCCCUCAGGGGUCUCAGCCGCAGGGCAUGGAGGAGGGGGAGGCCCGCCUCCUGCACCCCCUCUCCCCACAGCACAAGGCCCCAGUGGUGGGGGAACAGGGGCCCCCGGCCUUGCGGCAGCCAUCGCUGGAGCUAAACUCAGGAAAGUCAGCAAGCAGGAGGAGGCCUCAGGGGGGCCCUCAGCCCCCAAAACAGAGAGCACUCGGAGCACAGGUGGGGGGCUCAUGGAAGAGAUGAACGCCAUGCUGGCCCGGAGAAGGAAAGCCACCCAAGUUGGGGAGAAACCCCCCAAGGAUGAAUCCGCUAAUCAGGAGGAGCCAGAGGCCAGAGUCCCAGCCCAGAGCGAACCUGUGCGGAGACCUUGGGAGAAGAACAGCACAACCUUGCCGAGGAUGAAGUCCUCUUCUUCCGUGACCACUUCUGAGGCCCAUCCCUCUACACCCAGCUCCAGUGAUGAGUCAGACCUGGAGAGAGUGAAACAGGAGCUUCUGGAAGAGGUGAGGAAGGAAUUACAGAAAGUAAAAGAGGAAAUCAUUGAAGCGUUUGUCCAGGAGCUGAGGAAGCGGGGAUCUCCCUGACCACAAGGCCCCAGAAGAUCCCAUAUCUCCUUUCUGCACACCCGCCUGUUACCCCGCUUUCCCUGCCUCGACUUGACUUGGAAUUGGCUGAAGACUACACAGGAUCGCAUCUUCCCCACUCCCCCUCCUACUUGGAAAAUUCCAAAGGGGUGUGGCUUCCUUGGUUUCCCCCCCACGCCCACACCCAUACUGGCUGCUGAUUGGCUGGGGAGGCCCCCACCCUUUGCUCCCUUUGGUCCUUCCCCUCUGCCAUCCCCUUGGGGCUGGUUCCUCUGCUGGGGAUGUACCAAUUAACCCCACAGUAAGGGGGAAGGAAAGAGGGAAUUUCACAUUCCCUUGUUCUAGAUUCACUUUAACGCUUAAUGCCUUCGAAUUUUUGUUUUUUUAAGAAAAAAAAAGUAUAUAUAUAUAUAUUUAGGUUGGGGGGGGGAAGGGAAAUUUUGUUUCUCUUUGGUUUUGAUAAAAUUGGGGUGUGGGGAAUAUUUUUAAAUGCUGUACCCCAGGCUUGUCUCAUUCGGGGCAGCUAUAUAAGGGUGGGGUGGCCUACCAGGCUGGGGGCACCUCCCCUACCCUAACCCCAGGGAGCUCCCUUCCCUUUGGCUCCUUCCCCUUUUCUAUGAGGAAUUAAGAUGCUAUAACUUUUUGGAACCUCAGUUUUUUGGUUUUUUAUUUGGGUAGGUUUUGGGGUCCAGGCUAUUUUUACCCCCUGGGGAAAAUAAGAUGAGGGAGAAAGGAAAAGGGGAGGAAACUUCUCCUCUCCCACCUUCACCUUUAGCUUCUUGAAAAUGGACCCCAACGGAAUAAAUCUGCCAGUUUUUUAUAAAUGUGAAGAUUGCUGG